GCGGCACCAGCGCGCCACACCGGCGAGAUGAAAGCUCGGGAUCUGUCCAUCCUGCUGGGCUGCGCGGCGGGCCUGCUGGCCGCCCUGUUGCUGCUGGGCGUCGUGCUGCUGCUACGCCGCUGGCUGCGCGCCCGGAAGCCGCCGCUGGCUGAGCAGGAGCGACUGUCGGCGCGCGUGGUGAAGCGACACCCGCUACACGCGUCCACCGUCGGCGUGCCCGUGCAGCCGGCCGACAGCGGCGCCGACCUGUUCCUGGAGCAGUACGACCGGCGCCACGGCCAGCUGAGGCAGCAGCACCUGCUGCGCGCUGCUCUCUCGCGUUCCAUGGAGCACCUGGUGCUGGAGCCCGGAAUGAAGCCCAGUUACACGCCGCCGGUGGUGCGUGACGCCGGCGAGGUGUCGCCCUCCGAGGUGUCGUCUGUCACCUCCGAUGAGGAGGCGCAGGUGACUAGAGUCGAGCGCGCGCGGGCCCGCAUGGAGUUCCACGUGGUCUACACGCCGGUGAACGGGGCGCUGACGGUGUGCCUGAACCGGCUAGUGAACCUGCCGCUUCGCUACCGCGGCCGCCCAUUCCUGGUGCGGCUGACGGCGCUGGGGCAGCAGGCUGAGUCGCGCCCCGUGCUGGACCAGGCGGCCGCCGCGCAGCCGCAGCUGCUCACCUUCCCGGGCGUGGCGCAGCAGUGGCUGGAGCAGGGCCAGCUCAGCUGCCACCUCUACGUCAAGCGGUACAGCAGCCUCACCGAGAAGCUGGUGGGCGAGGGCAGCGUGCGGCUGUGCGAGCUCAACCUGGCCUCGGGCACGCCGGCCGCCUGCAGCGUCGUCUUCGGCCGGCCCGGCCAGCGGCGCACGAUACCGCUCCAGCCGACGCAGACGUCUGCGGCCGACGAGGCGGGUGUGUCGGCGCCGACGCUCGGGCAGCUGCUGCUCAGUCUGCGCUACGACCAGGCCACCGGCAGGAUGAACGUGUUCCUGAGGCGCGGCGACAAUCUGCCCGACUCCCGCGGUCUGGUGAAUCCUGAGUUCUUCGUGAUCGUGAUGCUGCUGAAGGCGGGUGACGAGGUCAGCUGCCAGGAGUCGCGCCGAGUGUCGGGCCGCGCGCCUGUCUGGAACCAGUCCUUCCACUUCGACAUCCCCCAGUCUGAGCUGGAGAUUCACUGGAUCCAGUGUAUCGUGAUGGUGUGUCGGAUCUACGCCCGCGAGCGGCGAGUCGGCUUCUGUCAGCUGGGACCCGACACGAGCGUCACUGGAGCCCAGCACUGGGAGCAAAGCCUGAAGUCGCGGCGCGACGAUACGCCGCGCUGGCACGCGCUGCUCCCAGCACCCGAGUAGUGACAUCUAGCGCCAACGUUUGGAGCUAUUAGUGAUGGAAUCCUCCACCAGUCUCUUCAUGGUUGGACAUUGUACAGCUCUUUUGUGUGUCUUAUGGAGGAAAGGACGGUGGGUACGACUGUGUCUCGGACGGUGGUACUCUAACUUUUUCGAAAAGUUCGUGAUUGCAAACAUUUUUUUGCCGCAAUUCAGCUAAGUGAUGUGGCGCAAGACUGUGGAAACCGCCGCUUGACAAGUGAUCAGUGGCGAUUGAUGUGUACAUAUUGCUGCACUGUCUGUAUCAGGGCAUGACCUGUAAAACGUGGAUGGAAUAUCCCAAAUAGUUCGCGAAACCCGCAUCACCUCCCUUAGUGUUUUUUUAUUGUAAGUCGUGGCCUACAGCCUAUAUAAAGGCGUUAUGUAUCCGGAUUUGAUUUAAAAUCGUGAUGUUCCCCAGUCCAUUUCUGUUUUAUGUUGUAUAAUGUGGUGUCUGAGCUGCGCACAAGAGCUUUUGGAUUAUUGGCCAGCAGACGAAUGCCUAUUGCGAUAUUCCUAGAGUGUAGGGUUUCCAGAUGCCCUUAUUUAAAAACAAUAUAUAAUCAUCCUUCGUAACCUGUACUGCAACCCCUACCGAUAUGGGCAGACAAUGGUAAAUGAUGACACUUGAACACAUGCUUUGCUAACCCAAGAUCGAAGUUGUCUCACGCUGGAGAAGUACGAGGAAAGUUAUGGCUGGCAACUAAGUGCCGAUCGUCGAGUCGACCUGUUAUUUCAUGUGCCACUUUCCAGGCUUACAAACCAUUCCUGGUCAUUGCAAUGAGGUAGUAAGGUCUACGUGCGGAAUGUGUUGAUCCUACGUGAUGAAGUUCUGCAGCAGAAACCAUAAAAUGUCUUCAAUUUCCAAAAAUACAGAAGGGAAUUUUAUGCAACCUUUGUGCCAUUGUUUGUUGUCGCAGCAUAGGUUCAAAAAGAAAAUAGAGCUUGCGCUCUCAACG